GUGUAAGCCAAGUUUGUUGUCAUCUGUCUUCGGUCAUCUUGUUUUGAUUGACGAAAAUUGCUGUCGAAAUGGCCAACAUCAUCAUCCAAAACGUUCGACGACAACACGCCAGCGCUAAUACUGUUUACCAUGCUUUGUAUGGACAUUUUUUCUUGGGAAUGUCUAAGAAAAGAUUGGCAGAAAUUUAUGGCAAGGCACCGUCGACGAUAACCGAGUGGUUUACUAAAUUCGACCAAACCGGAGCUGUUAGCCGGAAGAAGCGGGCCCAGGUUUACAAAAAGUUUGGAGUGGAAAUGCGGACAUGGUUGGUUGAGCUUUACAAUCGAUAUCCGAUUCUGUUUCUUGAUGAAGCUCAGUCAAUGUUCCAACGAAAGUUCAAAAUUUCGAUCAGUGUGUCUUCCGUUUGGGCCGUAUUGCACGAAGCUGGAAUGUCCUGGAAGACCAUAGAACGCCGGGCGAUCCAGAUACGUGAAGAUGAAAUUGUCCGGUACGUCCUCGAGCUGCUUUCAAUUCCGUGGGACCUGUUCAACCUGGUGUUUUUGGAUGAGGUCAGCUUCGAUAAUCGUGACAUGCUGCGGACCAAAGGCUACGGCGUCGUUGGACAAAAGGUCAUCUUUCGAGGAGAGUUCUGCCGCAAACCUCGGGCAUCCAUGCUUUGUUUUCUUGGCUCCGGUGGAAUUCUGGAUAGCUUCUGGACUGAGGGCACUUUCACACGGCUAAAAUUCUUUGACUGUUGUCGUGAUUUUGCCCUGAAGAACAAAGUUCAACGCUAUCCAGGAUUCCACUCCGUGUGGAUUAUGGACGGAGCCAAGAUACAUUGUGACCGCAAUAUCAUAAUGUAUCUGAGGUCAAUUGGCAUUUUGCCAAUAUUUCUCCCAGCCUACUGCCCUUUUUUUAACCCGUUGGAGAUUAUCUUCGGGUUGAUUAAAAAAGAUUUGCAGCGCCACCAUCGCCAGAACGAACCGGUUUUGCAUGAAGUGCUCGAUGCGAUUAAUCGAUUUAAAACUUAUUCGUGCCUCAAACUGUUCGAGCACUGUGGCUACUUUGCUGGAGGAUCAUUUUUGCCAGAAAAGGGAUUGGGACAAGAACCGAAGAAAUUUGGGCUAGAUAUUGUACCGUAAGCAAU